ACUCCUCCUCCUGCUGACGAAGGGCGCUCGAGGAUGAGGUUCGGCUGGAGGAGGGAGGUGGCAGGGUGGCACCUCCUGACGGGGGUGGCACUGCUCCUGCUCUGUGCCACGAUCUCCGCGACGGGGAAGAAAGCUCGAGAACCGAAGUGGUGGAGCAUCGCCAAAAUCGCCGACCCUUCCAACUUGAUCAGCAACCACAUCAAGUCCAACUCCCUGACGGAUCACUACCUGGAUCCCGCCAUUCACAGGAUCCUGCGCAAGAAACAGCGACGCCUGGUCAGGGAGAACCCGGGAGUCCUCGUGGCCAUCGCGAAGGGCGCCCGCCACGCCGUCCACGAGUGUAAGCAUCAGUUCCGCAACAGGAGGUGGAACUGCUCGACGUCCUCGUCCAACAGGAGCAAGAGGCUCUUCGGGAAGAUCGUCUCCAGAGCCUGCAGAGAGACGGCCUUCCUGUACGCCCUCACCUCCGCCGCCGUCACACACACCGUGACGCGGGCGUGCACGGAAGGAUCCAUCGACUCCUGCAAUUGCGACUACAGGACGGAGGGACCUUCAGGACUCGACUGGGAGUGGGGGGGCUGCUCCGACAACAUCGACUUCGGCGACAACUUCUCCAGGCUGUUCGUGGACGCCGGCGAGAAGGGGCGUGACCCGAGGUUCCCCAUGAAUCUGCACAACAACGAAGUGGGGAGACUGCACGUGAAGAGCGAGAUGCGGAAGGAGUGCAAGUGCCACGGGAUGUCAGGCUCCUGCACCGUCAAGACCUGCUGGUGGAGACUCCCCUACUUCAGACGAGUCGGCGACGCCCUCAAGGACCGAUUCGACGGCGCCUCCCGAGUGUCGGUCAAGAACGCCGGCAACGCCCGCGCCUCCAACAACCGGCAGCGGAACAGACGGAGGAAGAACACCCGGCGGAGGAGGAGAAAGUCCUUCGCGCUGCUGAAGCCCUACAACCCGGACCACAAGCCGCCCUCCAAGAAGGACCUCGUGUACCUCGAGGACUCGCCGGACUUCUGCGUCAGGGAUCGAAAACUGGGCAUCAAGGGAACCCACGGCAGAGAGUGCAACAAGACGAGCAUCGGCGUCGACGGCUGCGACCUCAUGUGCUGCGGCCGCGAGUACCACACCCGCGUCAUCGAAGUCCACGAGAGGUGCUCCUGUACUUUCCAGUGGUGCUGCGUCGUCAAGUGCAAGACGUGCAAGUACAAGAAGACAACGCACAUCUGCUCUUAGGAAUCGCAAUGCUUUUUUAUAUGUGCGGGAUUCGGCUCGGCUCCCACCACGUCGGGAACGCGUGAAUGCAGUUGUGUUCAUGGAAAGGACGAGGUAUCUGUGGUUCGGUUGUUCCUGGAGAUAAGUGGUUCCUGGCCUCGUGAUGGUGCGCGGGGAGAGUCGUUCCGUUGGGUACUGCGGCAGGUGCUUGCCCUCUCUUCUCUGCGGAUGGUCAGGUUAGCUUGGUCCUUUAGAAGAGACUAAGAGAAGAAAUCUAAAUAAGAUUAGAUCUUUUCAUGGAGGCUUCCAGUUCGAGUGUAGAUACAAGAAAAAUUGGAACUAAUGAAAUCAGAUAUUUUCCGCAAGAAAACAAAAUUGUUACUGGGACGUUUUGCCAAAAAACUAUUUUUCUGAACAGUGACGGACAAUAAAACCAUAUAUUUAACCUCAAGAAUAAGACAUAUAACCAUGAAAAGCCCUAAUGAGUAUGUAGAUAUAGUAGCUGAUAAUGGUAUCGCUCUCUUUGGGAAAAAGUAUAUACAUGCCAAGUGCUGCAGUGGCCAUUACUUUACUUGAAGUAAUACAUUUCAUAACAAUAAACGUUCCUGCAAACCUGAUACAUAUGCACGAACCACGAAAGACAAAAUCCAACAAAAAAAAAAAAACAUAGUCUUCUGGAAGUAAACGAUAUAUUUUGACAAUCAUGGAUAUGACUUUGAUCUCCUAAUGGAAUUGUUAGUGUUACAAGUGUGAUUCCUUUAUGGACAAUUCAGCAUUUGUAAAUAGCUGAUCUGCCAAUGUGGAGUUGACAUUGGACUUGUUUAAAAAAAAAAAAAAAAACCUAGGAAUGCAAAUAUGGAAAAUGCACUUUCUGAAAGUGAAGUAAAAACUCUGUGACGUAUUGUAGGCUAUAUUGUGCCAAAGAAAUUAUUAAUUUAAGCAGAUGAUUCUGUUGUAAGGACUUAACAGUAGAGAACAAAGGAAUUGUU